GGUCAAGGAUUGUAAGGCAGUGAAGCUUAACUAGUUCCUGAGUUGUUCUAAAGACCUAGCAGAAUCGAGAGUUGCUUGCUUGAAAACAUUGAGAAUAAAUAGGCAUUGGAGAUGGAUCUGUUGGGCGGCAUGGAAGACUCGCAAUGAAGCUGUUUCCAAUAAUGGAAAUGCCAGUGUCUAUAUUUCUCAAUUGGUCGGAUUAGUUUCGGAUUGGAUUAAUUUAAACUAAAUGAAUUCAUGUUUUAAAAUAUUAUAACCAGUUCGAGUUUAAAUCAUUUAAAUUUUACUGGUUUAACUUUUAAAUUUUUUUAUAAAUAAAAUAUUAAUUUUAAAUUUUUGAGUUCGAAUCGAGAUUAACGGUAAUAAAGAAAACGAAUAAUUCCCUUAACUAACAUGACUGUGCCUAGAAACCGCAGAAAACCCCUUUUUUUAAUUUUUUUCUUUAUUUAUUAAAUUUUCAGUUCAGUUGUGUUUUCUGUUUUAGUUCGUGUAGUACACUUAAAAUUUUUUUGCAUGAUAUUAUCGAAGCCCUUUUUAAUCCACAAUCAAACCGACAAUGUCUCUAUUUCAUCUACCUUCGGAAAUUCGUCACCCGACUCCAAUAAAAACACUUGGGGAACCUCUUUUUCUUUUCUUCUCUCUUCCAAUCUUCACUUUCAUUCAAUUUCGCAGAGGAAAGGUGAAAUCUUUCGCUUUUACUUCACUUUUUUUUUUCUCAAAUGGGUUUUCGCUUAUUGUUACUGCUUUUUGUUGUUGCAUGUUAUUGCAUUUUUUUGUUAUUGAUAGACUGGGUGACUAUUGAUUUUCAUUUGUUUGAAUGCAAGUGUGUGGUUUAAUUGAAGCGAUAAAAAUGGUGCAAAUUUUUUCUUAAAUAUAUAUUCUGUUUUAAGACCAGAAGUUUGGUUUAAUUGUAGCAAUAAAUGACUUAAUGAAUGGUGUUUUAUGGUGGGUUCAUCAUUUUGUGUAUUGUUUAUUUUAAAUAUAUAGCUGUUAGAUUAGUUCUUUUCAUUUUGUGUGAAUUUCUAGAAAGAUAAAAAUGAAAAUGAUGAAGAUUAGAUUGUGUUUGUGAUGAUGGAUACUUUUAAACUAAGUUUAUAAAUUUAUAAUGUUUGAAAUAAUGAAAACUUGGGGAAUUUUCUUUAAUUCUUGUAAAUGCCUACUAUUUAAUGGGAAUUUUGAAUGGAAAUUUUAGAUUUUAAAUAGGAAAUUGGAUAUGGAGAAUGAUUUUCUUCUUUGUUAGGUAUCUAUUUGAUUUUCUGAUCAACUGCAUUUAAGAUGAAAGUUUAAAAUCUGAUGCCAUGCUUCUCUGACUCUUUAGUUUUCUUGAAGUACCCGAGCCUGAUAUAUUCAAACAUGGGCUGGGAAUACAACCCCCAAAAUACAUGGAAAAAUUUAGAAAAGAAAUUGAGCAUACCCGUAUUAGUGCAAUUAACAUAGGAUGUUAAUGCCAUAAUUUAGAUGGGCUUACCAGUGAAGAAUGUGCCAUUUCUUUGAAAAAAAAAUGGUAGAUCUUUUAUGAAGAAACUAACUGCAACUCAGAUGUGCUAGCUCGGACUAAGAAAAUGAUAAUCGUAUUGCAUUCUUAAUGCGAAAAAGCAAGCUAGCAGUUGUGUCAAAACAGAAACAUACUUAAAUAUUUCUGUUUUGGGCUUGUCUAGAUUUAGAAAGGAAGUAAUAUUUCAUAUUUGACACUAAAAGCAUAUUUAGAAAUAAAAGGGACCGUUUCAUGAUAUGAACAAUUGACUAGGUAGCACAUGUAAUCUUUGCGUGACAUGUUUGUUAGUGUUGAAGUCAAUGCAUUUUGCCUGUACCAACUACAAUGUGCCUAAUUGCCUAUAUCGUAAUUGGAUAUAUUUUCCCGAUGCAUCAGUGUGCAUUGGACUGCAUAUUUGCUGGUAGAACGUAACUGAUAAUAUAUGAUUUAGCCUUCCUGGCAAAUUGUACAUAAUAAUGCGGAUAAUUGCUUGUUGAAGUAAUUUAGACUGCAUGAUGCGUGUUACGUAUUGUAAUAUUGAGCAGUCAGGAGCUGUGAUUCGAAGACUAUCAUCAACCUCACAGAGGAAGCUGGUUUGAGACCAAAAAGAAGAGUUUCUUUUAAAUGAUUGUUGUUUCAUGAGUAAUGUUUGUAUUCUUGUAAUAUGAUUUCCGAAUUCUGGACUGGAGAGUCCUUCCUCUGUUUUCUCGUGUGUUUCUCUAUCUAUUAAACAUGACUUUGUAGAGGUUCUUUGACUGUUAAACUUGAAUGUGUUUAUGUUCAACUCUUUGAACUUGAAGAUGAAGGCUGACCACGGAACAUGUUGAGAGCAAUUGGGGUAAGAGAUUAUUUUGGACUUCAAUUUUUGGUUAUAUGAAAAGGACCUUGAUUUAGAGGUUUAUUACACAUAGGGAAGUUGUCGGUUAUAUUUUCUCUUCGUAGAAGCUUCCAAAACUGUUCAAUACGAGUGAGCUGUUAUUUGCCAACUAUGGCAUAUAUUGGCUGUCAGUUUCUAGAAGAGGCACGCCCUUUAGUUACGUGUUAAACUUUCACUGUCGGGUCAUAAAAUCUCUUCCUGGAGACCCUUUCAAACCACGGAAGAAAAUAAAUUUCAUGUUUUUACAGAUUUCUGGUGCAGCAAAGUUUUGUAGAAAAUUUAUCGUCAUAGCUUCCGUUUUUUUCUCUUGGGAUACUUUGACAUCUAUUCCAGCACGAACCUACCACUUGUCAAAUUGCAUGACCUCCUAGAUUGCCACUUUGGAAGGAAAGUUGUCGAUAGAUGGGCGUUAUAAGUUCUGGAGUUAUCUUUCUACCUCACUAAGAAGUACUUUUCUAGUCUCAUUUUCUCAACAGCAGCCAGAGACACCGAUCUAUAAUCUGCUACAAUAUAGGCACAGAACUUCCAACGAGAAACGUUGUGGUGAAGAGAGGCUAGAGAUGGAUGAAACCACUGACGAAUGUGUUUAUCAAAUAACUGAUAAGUGGUAUGAUAUAGAGUAUGUAGAAAAUGUGCUAGCCAAUAUACUCUCAAGGCUUCCAGUUAAGUCACUUUUAGUAUGCAAAUCCGUUUGCAAGCGUUGGUGUCGGUUAAUAAGUAGUCAGGCUUUCAUCGAUGUGCAGCUACUCUGGUCUCGAAAAAACUCUGUUUACAUUGUUUAUCCUUACAUGGAUAUGAUGAUGAAGUUAUAUUUAGUGAAUAACAGCGGUGAAAUCACUAAAAGUAUCAACUUCCCAUAUUGUGACAACCUUUCUCUGCUUACGGUUGUUUGUUCUUUCGAUGGUUUGCUUUGCUGUAUCAACUAUCCGUGGAAAGUGGACUCAGGCAUGGUAGUUGAGGAUGUAACUGAUGUGGAAAUCCGUAUCUGCAACCCGGCUACCAAAAAGGCUCUAUUGCUUCCAAGAGGUAGUCUGUCCAAAGAAAAGCCUUCCAUUGGGGUUGCUUUUGGUCCAAAAAUCAACGAAUACAAGAUAUUCCGAUUUUUCAAUGCCAAGUGCAUAUCUCUAGCUAAACAUCAAUCCCGUGUUAAUCGUCGACAAUGUGAGGUAUAUUCAUCAAGCACAGGAUCCUGGAGUGUCAUAGGUCGGGUACCGUAUUAUCCCAUGCAUUCUAGCCAUAGUCCCCUUGGGUCCAACCAUGUUUUCGUCAAUGGAAAGAUUUAUUGGUUCCUUGCUUCCAAUGAAGAUCCACUGAUCCCUGGCUCGAUACUUAUGGCUGAUAUAGAGGAAACCUUUGAAACUAUUAACCUUCCAAAAGAGGUCACAGAGCACUCGUACUUGGUCAAUCUUGAAGGCCAUUUAUCCCUAGUGGCUGUAUAUGACGAGGACGAGAUCGUGAAUAUAUGGAUUCUCAAAGACAAGAAUGAGCCUAAAUGGGAGCUGAAAUGCAGCGAUCACGUGCCGUUCUCGAAUGAUGAAUGUGCCGAAUUUGUAGUCGCGAGGGAGAAUGAAAUUUUCUUCAUAACUUCAAACCAUAACUAUAUCUAUGAUCCGGAACAUGGGUUUUGGCAGGAGCUUGAUUUAUCAAGCAUUUCUGAAAAGAAAUUCCCCGUUGCUUUCGCAUACACUGAAAGCCUUCUUUCAUGUGGUGGACGUAUGGACCCUCGGAUGGAAUACAUCUCCGACAAAAGAAGCAUAUGAGAUAUAACUCUCGUUAUCGGUCUCUAGCAGUAUAUCUGUCAUCUUUGUUUUGCUCGUUUGUGCGUUCUGUUAAUCAGACCGAAGCAUCCAACGAUGGAGAUAUCGAUCGCCGUGUUCUUCUUGCCGUGUUCGGGGAUGGCAAUAAUAUUUACCCUGGUUUAUCUUCAUUUUUACAGUGCUGUAAGGUUGUCUGUGGCAGUGGCUUAGUCGGACAAUGUAAGAAAAGCUAAAUAAAAAUAUAUGUUUAUUUAGAAGGGGAGAUGUUAUAUUUUUAUCGUUGACUUGGAAUAUAAGCAAUGUGGAAUUAAAAACCCUACAAUAUGCGUAUUAGGGGAAA